CAUCCAUCAAACCAACAUCCAAGCACCUAAUGUCCAUCAUCGACUCAACAUCCAACCCAACAAUCAGCAAGCCAAUGUCCACCUACCUCGAUAUCAAACGAACACCAACUAUAAUGACGCGGGACUAAUGGGAUCCAACGAUCCAACCAUGACGCACCGUUCAAAGGUGGAUCUUGAAACCCCGGGCACCGCUCAAUACACAAAUCCGAUGUGCAUUCACUGCCAACAGAUAUCAAAUCAAUCUCACUUCUCCGGAAAUACAUCAACCCAAUAUCCGUUUCCACUUCAGUAUUACUGGACAAUGACGAAUAACAAUUUUUACCAACAGCCAUCGUCGUUCGUCCCACCGACAGCCAUCUACACGCCACCACCCCCUCCGCCGCAACAGGCCCACAUGCCUGGCAAGAAUGAACAGUCAAUAUCGAUCAGAACUGUUGGGACCGGUGGCGGAGGUGUGACUAGCAAGCAGUCCGAUUCAACCCAGUCCAUAACGAAGAGAAGGCGUAGGAGAAAGACCAAAGCUACGAUUGGGUCUCCGGUGCCUACUGGCUCGAAUGGUGGGGGCGGGGAAUCAUCUACCGGUCAAGAUAAUCUACAUCGAUCAAAGAAUGGAGACAUCUAUCGUUGCUCAAAUUGUGGAGCGAGAGAGACGCCAGCUUGGAGAAGGGAUCUUCAAGGUGAAGCGCUGCUUUGUAAUGCCUGCGGUGAAAGGUUGUCAUCGACCGACGGAAGUUGGACCAGAUGGGGAGAUACGUUUGGUGAAGACCGAGAGGCCCGGGGUUGGUCAGCCGAAGUGUCAAAACUGCGGCACAACGUCGACACCCUGCUGGCGAGGACCCGAAGGAUCAAAGCUUUGCAACCGUUGUGGUCUGUUCUUGAAACAGCAUGGGCAUCAGCGCCCCGUUAG